UACGGCAGUUGCAACGGCCAUGAGAAAUUUGGAGGCUACGCGCUACGUCUCUUUGCCUCCUUCUCCUCUCCUUGCGGGGGCCACACGCUGCUUUUGUGUGGACGGAGACGAAGGAGUGUGGGUUGCGACGGGGUCGGGCUUGUGUAGAAUCUCCGCGGACCUCGAGGUAACCGUCGAGGUCCGUUGGUUGAGGCUGGUCACAUGAGCCCCGAAGAUUACGUCAUCGCCGUGGAAUGUGUUUCGGGGGAGUUUGUGUGCCUAGCGACACGGAACGGAGACAUCGUGUUCUACAACAUCCAAACCAGACAUGUGGAGAGUGUAGGUAGUGUCGAAGGUGGACUCCUGGGAAUGACGUGGAGUCCGGACCAGGAGCUGGCGGUGUUCAGUACCGCAACGGGCUCCCUCCUCCUCAUGACGCACACACUGGACCCGUCUGGGGACAGUGGGUCUGAUCUGGUACCAGUCACCGAGGUCCCCAUGUGCCCCGCUGAGUUUGGACGAGCUGAACCAGUGACUGUGGGGUGGGGAAGGAAGUCAACGCAGUUCCAUGGAUCAGCUGGAAAACAGUCGGCCCGGGAGAUGCUUGUACAGGAGUCAGGCUCCGCCCACCCAUGGGAUGACCUUCGACCUCGAGUAUCGUGGCCCGAGGAAGGAGAGUAUUUCGCAUGCAGCUGCAUUGACCCAGCCUCAGGUGGUCGGCGGUUUCGUGUGUGGACAAGAGAAGGCGAACUGUUCUCUACCGGUGAAGUGACGCAAGGUCUUGAACAGUGCCUUCACUGGAGGCCCAGUGGAGGUCUAAUAGCCUCAUCACAGAGCCUCCCUCACACUCAUCAAGUGGUGUUCUUUGAGAAAAACGGUCUUCGUCGCGGAGAGUUCUCUCUCCCUCCACACCCAUCCUGGCAGGAUGGCAAGUGCGUAGUUCAGGAGUUGUGUUGGAACUGUGACUCCACUGUUCUCUGUCUCUGGCUGGAGGAGAGGAAGACCCCCACCUCACACCCUCUCCAAUCCUCCAUUCAGCUCUGGGUAAGAGGUAACUACCACUGGUACCUCAAGCAGGAGCUAUUCUCACCUUUGACCCCUGACUCCGCCCUCUCGGCCAGUCUCCAGGCAGUACAGUGGGACCCUGUCGUUCCUCUUCGUCUUCAUAUCAUCACCUCAGAUGGCUGUUACGUGUGCUGUGACUGGAGGUGGCGUGUGAACAAAAGCAGCUGCCUCACCAGAGAUAACUUAUGUGAUGUCGCCGUCAUUGAUGGAGAUCGUCUCUUCCUUACUCCGUUUCGUCACGUGACCACACCCCCUCCGAUGCGUACCCACACACUCUCUCUCCCUUCCCCCAUUCUCACCAUCUCCCAUGCCCCGCCCCCUCUUGUUAACGAUUUCCUGGUCGUCACGGCGACAGCCGAGGUGGCAGUUUUCUCCUACUCCCAAUCAGACACACAGCGAAAGACUCCAUUCCCUCUUCCCUCUCCAAAACUUGUUGGGUUGGCAAGGUUGCCAGUGGCGACAUCCCUCGUCCGCCAGCUGACCUGGCAGGGGGCGGAGUCUCUGGUGGGUGUGGUCUGGGACGCAGCGUCCGGCCGUGACUCUGUGAUGGAGUUUCAACUGAUUGUUGAUCACGAGAGAGGAAGAGUGAAAGUGGAGAAGAGGUGUUCUCAUUCGGUCCCACCUCCCCACUCAUCCAUCAUCUCCCUCUCCUCACACCCUCACUCCGGCUCCACCGUUGCCCAGGCAACCGACGGAACACUCUUCUGCCACUCCCCCUCAGAGGGUCUGUUGCCAUGGAAACUGCCCAGUGGUCUUGCCCUCAAAUUCCCAGAAGGCACUUGCGAUCACGUUUCUGUUGCUACAUUUCACGACAAAGAACAUGUUGUGGGGUUAAAUGAGUUCAGACGUACGCUGUAUGUUGACGACUGCAAGGUCGCUACCGGGGCAACGACCUUUGACCUUCACAAUGAGUUUCUGAUCUACACGACAGACAGCCACGAAUGCCACUUUCUCAGAACUUCUUCCAUUUCCGUUGUCGCGACCUCUGACCCCAGUGACAGACCCAAUCUAGUAGAGGAGGGGAAGAGACGAGUGGAGCGGGGGUCAAAGAUCGUUGUCGUGGUUCCCCAUGACUCCAAACUUGUUUUACAAAUGCCCCGGGGUAAUUUAGAGACUAUCUAUCCCCGGCCUCUGGUGUUGUCGAAGGUCCGUCGUCACCUUGACAACCGUUGCUAUGGUGAUGCAUUCCUCGCCAUGAGGACAAACAGAAUAAAUCUCAACUUGAUCUAUGAUCAUAACCCACAGGCAUUUCGGGAGAAUGUAAAGGAAUUUGUAGAGCAGCUGGAUUCCGUGGCCCACAUUAACCUCUUCCUCACUGAAUUAAGGGAGGAGGAUACAACGAAGACCAUGUACCCUGUGCCACUCGGGAAGGAGGCGGAGAGAGAGGAGAAGGAGGGAGGAGGGAAGGUUGACAAAAUAUGUGAUGCUAUGAAAAAAGUGCUGUUGGAGUUGGACGAAAACAAGUACUUGCUAUCAAUUAUCACUGCUCAUGUCAAGAAAUCAGAACCGGAACUGGAGACUGUACUUCUCAGAAUCAGACAUCUCUCACAGCAGGAGGAGGGGAGGGAAGUGAAGAAGAUAGAGGAAACGGAAAGAAAAUGUGGGAGGUUCGAGAAAGACAGGACAAGAGGGGGGUGAGGAGACAAGCAGGGAGGCAGGGAAGGUAGUAGUGACGGCUGAAGAAGCUCUGAAGUACAUUCUGUUUCUGGUGGACGUGGACCGUCUUUAUGACGUUGCCCUCGGGAUGUACAACUUCCAGCUGGUGCUCAUGGUCGCCGAGAAAUCCCAGAAAGACCCAAAGGAAUACCUGCCAUUCCUGAACCAGCUUCGCAGACUCCCCGGCUCCUACCAGAAAUACAAGAUUGACAUUCAUCUCGGCAGACACCACAAGGCCCUUCACCACAUCAGCCAGUGUCCUGAGAAGUUCGACGAGUGUUUGGCUCUAAUUAAAGAGCACUCUCUCUACCCACGUGCUCUGGAGAUAUUCCACGACAGAUCAUCCUCAGAGCACCAGGCAAUCGCACGUUGCUAUGGAGACUAUCUCAGUGACGAAAAGGACUACAAAUCUGCUGCAAUUGUUUUUUACCGUUGUGGAUGUGUAGCGGAAUCAAUGGAGAACUUUGAGAAGGCCGGAGACUGGCAGAUGACCUUUGCACUCUCGGCUCAGUUGGGUCACGACAGAGGACAAAGGUCACAGUUGGCACGGAAGAUGGCCGCAUCUCUGAAGUCUCAGAGAAAUUACUCAGCAGCUGCAACUGUUCUCCUCCAAUAUGCCGAGGAUGUGGAAGAAGCCAUGGUAACGCUACUGGAGGGAGGAUUGUGGGACGAAGCUCUGAGAAUAGUGCAUCUGCACGGCAGAAGAGAUCUAAUAGAAACUCACUUCAGACCUCAACUAUUAGAGAGUCACCAGAAUCACAUGUCACUCCUUCCCUCCCUCUCCACCGACUUGACACGACACUCCACCAGACUGCAGCUGGUCCGAGAACUGAAACGAAAGAAACAAGAAGCCAUUCUAGAGGGGACGUAUGCUGCGGACGAGAAGGACGCGGACUUGUUUUCUGAUACGAGUAGCAUGACUGGUCGUUCGGCAACCACCUCCCUAGCAAGCAGCAGAAUGACUGGGUGUGUCAACAAAACCAAAUCUCAUUUUUUACACAAAUGGCUCUACCAUAACUGUCUAAUACUGAAACACACUUUGCUCCAUCAAAAAAAGAUCCUUCGAUUAACAGGAUCUGCACAAGAAUUUCGAGUCUUGAAAAUUCAACUCUCAACAGGGCUGCGAUUGUUGUCACAAUUUUUCUUCUGUUCAGGAAAUCGAGGAAGAAUCGAGGAAAGCGUCUCACAGGAGGUGGAGCCUGAAGGAAGGGAGUAGCCAUGAGGAUCUCGCUCUAAUGGAGGCCAUCUCUGACCUGUGUACCACCGUGGACAGUCUGCAGGAUGAAGUUCCGUCUCUACUCCGAAUGCUGCUCCUCUACAACCACACCCAAGAAGCCAAACAGCUGCAUUCCCUCUUCUCAGAGCUUCUCGACUCGGUCAAGUCAGCCGUCGAGAAGGCGUGGCCAAAACAAGCCCCACCCACUACACAACAUGUACCUAUUACUGGGCCCCAGGCCACUGUUAACAGUAUGUUGGCUUCCAUGGCAACCACUGGGGAGCAGAUUCACGGAGCCAAUGGUGAAGAAGCUGUUCACUUCCCUCGUCCAAAACUGAGAGAUGUGACGCAACAACUCAGAAUAUCACUGCUGCUAUGACAACCAUCAACUCCACCCACUAAAUAUUUGUGAAUUCAAAAAAACAUUUUAUCAAUGGUUUAUUGCAAUCAAAAAGUGACAGAGUCAUUAGAUAUUCCCCCUGGCUGCCCAAAUUACUAUAAUGAUGUCGUGAUGAUGUAAUACAGAUGAUGUAACAAUGACAUAAUCCUAGACGGCUUUGACCUCUCCUGUCUGAGGUCCAUAGUUCACGUAGACUUCGGGAGGAGUGGAGGGGAAGGACUGGUGGAUGUAGCUGACGGCCGCUCCUGACAGCUGGAACCUCUCUUUCUCCACCUGCACCGUGAGCGUCGCUACUCCACCUCUCUCUCGGAGGUAGUUGGUCACCAUGGUGAUUAUCUUCUGAUCAUUGGCCGACGGUGCCACCUUAGAGAGAGAAGAAGAGGUUGAUACUCUGCAACUCCAAGAUGGGGAAGUGGACUGACCUGGACAUGAAUUGUCCCGGCAACGGAGGAACAUCCUUGCUGCCAGAAGUGGGCGUCUGACCAGCUCACCACUCCAUCCAUUAGAGGGAGCUGAGAUAGAGAGGGGGGAGGGGCAAGAAAUAAUCCUAUAAUCCAUCUACGAGCGUGCACCGCCAGAACUAAUAUCUCGGCUGACUGUCGGAGCAGAGGGACGACUGAUAAGAUGAUGAGAACGGCGAUGAAGACAGAGCAGAUGGGGUCGACAACGUGCCAGCCAAAGGUCUCGACCAGGAGAGAGCUGAUUAUCACGCCGACACUUCCCAGAGUGUCGGCCAGGAUGUGGAGGAACACCCCUGUAUGGCGAGGGAGGUAAUUAGUAACACUAUACUCAAUGUGUUAUUAUACCCAACAAAUAUUGUCUUACCUACCUUGCAUGUUGGUAUUGUGGGAGUGUCCAUGGGAACCGUGCGAAUGCCCAUGACUAUUUGUACUGAACGUGGCUAUACCCACCAGAUUGACUAAGAACCCAGCCACCGACACCACCUGUAAACAACAACAACAACACAACAAGAAUGUAAACACAGAAGAAUGCUCGGGUAAACUAUCCUUAUCUCGCUGUCCCUAGCACUAUUUCGACUAACAAGGAGUUUAUCAGUGUUGAUUGUGGGAGGGUCCAGUAAUCUCGUCAAGGCUUCACUCAAGACAGCCGUCGCUAUGGAAACCAGAAACAGGGAGUUGACGAAGCCACUCAGAACUUCAACACGUCCGUA